AACCAAGACAGCAGGGCAGAGCCGCCCUACUCCCUUUCCCCCCCUCUUCCUCCCUCUUUUCUCCUUCCUUCAUUGGCUGGUAGUGCUGCCACCUAGGGGGAGGAGUACCUUUUCUUCUCUUUCUUCCCCUGUCCCUUUCCUCUUCCUUAUCCCCAUCGAUAUUCACGAUCCAGCUAGUUUCUACGGAAAGGAAGAACAAAGAAAGGGUGAAGACAAACAGACGGAAAGAAAGAAAGAUAAAAAUAAUAAAAAUCAGACAAGAUGUCGACUGUACCUGAAUCCCCUGCUGCACCUAUUGGGCCAAAGUAUAAGGAGGAGGAGGAGAAGCCACAUGCUACGUAUGAUACAAUCCUCCCCUCAGAUCCUUUCACCACUCGCUCGUCGGGCUAGAUCAAUACGGCACUUGCAAGAAAUAGGUAAUGAACUGAUUCCUCUAUUUCUAGCGUCUCGAAACCCGUCAAACAUAGCAAUGUCCAUAUCCUCCCGCAGACCCCGCAAUUGAUUGCUCUCUUGACGUACACCCCCCACUUCACCCCUGUUCCUGCAUCCUCCCACCUCCACCGUUUGUUCCUGCGAUGAUCAUACUUGCCCCCCCCUUCCAGCCAAGCUAAACCCAAGCUAACCCAGGCCUCUCCAUCCCAAACAGUAUGAUCCGCGACAAGUCCACCGUACGCGGGGACUUUAUUUUCUACUCCAACAGAAUAAUCCGUCUGCUAGUGGAAGAAGGCUUGAAUCAUCUACCCGUGAUUUCCUCCUCCGUGACCACGCCGAUCGGACACACCUAUUCUGGCGUGAAGUUCGAAGGCAAGAUCUGCGGCGUGUCGAUCAUGCGUGCCGGCGAGUCCAUGGAGCAGGGACUCCGCGAUUGCUGUCGCUCUGUGCGUAUCGGGAAGAUACUCAUCCAGCGCGACGAGGAGACCAGCAAGCCACGCCUCUUCUAUGACAAGCUGCCCGAGGACAUCGCAGAGAGAUACUGCCUUCUACUCGAUCCAAUGUUUGCUACUGGUGGGUCGGCAACUAUGGCUGUUGAGGUGCUCAUCUCUAGGGGCGUGCCUGAGGAGAGGAUCUUGUUUCUCAACUUGAUUGCUAGUCCCGAGGGGAUCAGGAGCUUUGCCGAGAGGUUCCCGAAGCUAAGGAUCGUGACGGCGUUUGUGGAUCAGGGGCUUGAUGAGAAGAAGUGGGUUUCACCCAUUUUCCUCCUCCCUUCACCGAUAUCUACUUGGGCCGUGUUGGCAUGCUAACGGACUGGUGGAAUCAGUUAUAUUAUUCCUGGGUUGGGAGAUUUUGGUGAUAGAUUCUAUUGCAUUUAGACGUUUCGCCCCGGCUUUAGCGUCGAUAAAGGCCAUGUUGGGUUCGACUUUCAUCUCAAAUCCGCGCGUAUGCCGACCAUCCGGGACUUUGCGCAAAAUCACUUGCAAGUAAUCGGCACUUUCAUAGCACGAGAAAACAAAUCUUCACAUCAUCAGUGGUCCAAUUGCCACGUGUACCUCGGAAUAUAG